AUUACAAAGAAAACAUGUCUAUUACUCGAUUAGUCUAUUAGCACCCAAAACCUCGCCGGGAAAUCAAGAAUGGCCGGACGACACAUUCCACCGCACCCCCACCACCGACCCGACCCACUCCACGUCGCCGAAAUCGCCGGCCUUCAGCGCCUUAAAAUCCAAGACCUCCUGGUGGACAAUCAACGCCUGGCGGCCACCCACGUGGCACUCAAGCAAGAAGUCGCCCUAUCCCACCAAGAACGCCGCCACCUCUCCGCCGCUCUGAGCUCCGUGAAGCAGGACAGCGAUGCCCAUGUCCGAGAACUUCUCGAAAAGGCGAUGCAGCUGGAGGUGGAAGUGAGGGGUGUGAGGGAGCGUGAGGCUGAGUGGGCGAGAGUGAGGGAGGAUUUGAGGAAGAUGGAGGAGGAUAGGAGGGAAUUGGUGGCGAAUUUGUCGGAACUCGAAGCGAAAAAGAGGCAGGCGAGGGGGGAGGUGAUGGAGGUUGAGAGGGUUCAUGAGGAGAAAGAGGUGAUGAGGAGGGAGAUUUUGAAAGGGAGGGCUGCCCUUGAAUAUGAAAAGAAGAUGCAUGCUUUAAACGAUGAAGUGACUCAGAUCUUGGACGAGAACAUACGUUCUAUGGAACGGGAAAUACCUAUACUUAUGGCUGAAAUUGCUAAUGCUAAGAAGAUGGAAAGGGCAGCUGCAGCUGUUGACGCAGCAAGUCCGGGGUCUGCAUAUGCUUCUGGUUAUGGAAAUUCUGAUGUGGGAUAUACCGCUAAUUUUUCUGGUUCAUAUGCAGCACAGCAGUUUCAGGGCAAUGUCGGCGGUGGUCCCCAGUAUCGCUCUCAAUCAACAGCUCCAGCUCAUACUCCGUAUGGCAUACAACAGAACCAUGCACCAUGAAACAUUAGCUCAUUUUGAGGUAAUGAAAAUAGUAGCAAUCUUGGACUCUUUUGUCAAACAAUCUCAAAACAUCGUUGUCGUCGGAGAACACUGGGUUUUGCCAAGUGGCCCCAGGCCCCGGCCAAAGUAAAUCUAGCAAAUUUAGAAACAUAGACUAGUCUAGUACAGGAGUUUUUCAUCAGUGGUUUGCACUUCUGCUUGGAUUUUCACCAUCUUUCCAAUAUGGAGAGGUGCACAAGUUGGGUGUUGGUUUACAACUAUACAAGUGUUGCAUGUGAAUAGAGAAUGAAAAAUCAAGGGUUUAUUGAAAAA